AUGGUGGGACCAAAUCUGGAAUAUUGUGAGCAGUUCUGGUUGCUGCACCUCAACAGGGAUGUAGCAGAGCUGGGGAAGGUUCGGAGGAGGGCAACCAAGAUGGUCCAGGGCCUGGAGCAGCUCCCCUAUGAAGCAAGGUUGCAACAUUGGGGGCCUUGUAGUCUAGGAGGGAGGCGAAUGAGAGGGGACAUGAUGGAGGGGUACAGAAUUAUGCAUGGCUGCGCGAAGCGAGUCGGGACCGCCGCGCGGAAGGAGCGCUUGCAGGGCGCGAUCCACGCCGCCUCCGUCCACCGCCGCCUCGCAGUGCUUCGGGCGAGCCCCCCGGAUUUUCCUCGGCGCCCCCCGCCGCCGCCGCCCCGAGCUCGGAACUUAACCGCCUGGCCCAGUGGAUCGAGCCGGCCCAGCCCGAGGGAGGCGGAGGAGGCAGCCGGGGGGGCGGGGGGCGGAGGCGCCCCUCGGGGGGAGCCGCCGCCGCCAGAGCGCCCGGGCGCACAGCCGCGCCAGGCUUACCCGCCCAGCGCCAGGGCGCAGCCGCCGCCGGAGCCCAUCGGGCGGCGAUCGCCCGGCCGCGCCGCUUCUUUCAGCGUCUCCCGCCCCGCCGCCGAGCCGGGCGGCCGCGCCCUGCGGAGCCUCUCGCCUUCGGUGCGCCAACUUUCCCGGCGCUUCUGCGCGCCCCGCGGCGGGGCCGAAGAGGACGCGGCGCUCGGCCCGGCGAGCCGCGGAAGAGCCACCUGCGGCCGCGCCGCCGCCGCCGCCCCCCAGACGGACCUGGCGGGCGCCGAGGCGGGCGGGGGGCCGCAGCCGGAGCAGCCCCCGGCCCCGCCGCCCCGCAGCAACAGCGGCGGCGGCGGCCCGAAGGGGCCGAGCGAGCCCGCGGCGCUCGACUGGCCCAGCGUGACCGAGAUGCGCAAACUUUUCGGCGAGAGUUUUCGGCGGCAGCAGCAGCCGCAGGCGGCCGAGCCCAGGGGCGGCCCCGGCGAGGACUGGGCGGGACUGCGGGGCAAAGCCCGGCCGCUGGCGCCCGAACCCCCGGGGGCCGCGCCGCCCCGGCAGCCGGGCGUCUCGGAGGGCGGCGGCGGCGGGGGAGCGGCCGCGCCGCUGCGGCUGCCCGACGGGCCGGCGCUUCCCGGGGGCCGCUCUGAAGACGGGGCCUGCUUCCCCGAGGAGCGCCGGGGCGCCCCACCGCCGCCCCCGCCCCGCAGCUGCAUCCCCUUUCCGGGGCUCCGGGCGCAGCGGGGCCCCCGCGGCCCGGCGGAGAGGCCGCCGCAGCUGUGGGAUACUUCGCAUUCCUGGCAUAGCUCUCCCUCGCCGGCCGCCGCCGCCGCCUCGGCCUCCUCCCCGGCCUGGGGUGGCUGGGUCCCCCCGGAGGUCUCCAGCAGCAGCGAGGACGAGCUGCGGCCCCCGCCGGCCUUGGCCCCCGCCGCCCCGGGCGGGAACGGCUGGCGCAGCUCCCCCGAGCGCUCCUCGGGCAGCGAGGAGGACCCCCGGCUGCCGGCCCCCCGGAGGCGCUCCCUCCGCAAGAAGAAGCGGGACCCCGAGGCGCAGGACCAGGCCCCGCUGGGGGCGCGGGCGGCGGCGGCCGGCAUGGAGUGGCACCUCAAGGCGCAGCGGGACCUCUCGGGAGGCCUCCUGCCCGCCGGGGAGGAGGAGCGGACGGGCCCGGCUCCCCCCGCCGAAGCCAGAGGGGCCCGCAAUGGCGCCGAGGGGCACCGACCGCUUUCGGGGGGCCCCCCCGGGGGCAGCAGGCCCUUCCCCAGCAACUUCGGCCCCCUUUCCUCGGGGCCUCCCCUGCCCCUGGUGUCCAGGGUCUCCAAGGUGAACAUUCCCCCCUUUGCCUCCAGCCCAUCCGGGUCCCGAGGUAGCAGCCGAUACUCCAGCACCGAGACCUUGAAAGAGGAUGACCAGCUGGGGGGCUCCUGGGCCGGCCCAAGCAAGGCAAGUCUUGGCCUGUGUCGGGUGCCCAGUUUCGGGGAAGGCGACGGCCCCGCCAGGCUGCAGCCACAGGUCCGGGCCCGCCCCAAGCUGCCUUUGGGGUUUGCCAGGGCCAAACAGGAGCCGUCCUCCUUUGAGAAUUUGCUCCCCUGCGGCCUCGAAGCAGCCGAGAAGUCCAAGCACCAGAAGUCCAUGUCCAACCCGGACAUCACCAGUGAGACGCUGGCCCUCCUCAGUUUCCUGAAAUCGGACCUUUCGGAGCUGAAGGCCAGGAAAAGGGGCAGCAGGUUGAGUGACCAAGAAGAGAUGGAGUUUGGUGGAGGUGGUGGCAGCAGAUACGAACACUACCACCCAGGAGGAGCAGAGCACCAGUUGGUGGGUAGAACCCAAGGUGAGCUUCAACCACCAAGCUGUUGGGCCUUGGGCAGCCGUCCAAGUCUGAAAGACCUCACAGCCACCCUGCGGCGGGCCAAAUCUUUCACUUGCUCGGAUAAACCAGCACCCCGCAGGCUCUUCCUGCAGAAUGCCAUGAAGCAGAGCUCUUCGGAGCUUCUGCUUCCCACUAGUGUUGACCACAACGGUCUGGUUUCUGACGGCGACGUUGGCCGAGGCAGGGAAGAGGAGGUGCUCCCUGUAAUAAUCCAAGAUCAGUACAUUCAAGAAGCCAGGCAAGUUUUUGAGAAGAUAAGUAAGAUUGGCUCAGAACACAAUUACAGUUUUGCUUUGGACUCGAAGGAGAACUUUGGAAAGGGCGAGAGGGAGGAGGUAGAACCUCUGGGAGAUAAGGUUCCAGAAGAAAGCUGUGGUCAAUGCUUGAAGAAAGCUGAUUCUGAAGAAAACUUGUCCUGCGGGAAGCAGUUAGAAGAAGGUCCUGAAUCCAGUAUGACAGAUGAAGGAAUUGUGACGGAGCCAGAAACAUCUCCUGCCUACAGUUACCUUGAUCCGUCUGUUGCCGCGUGGAAGUUGGCCAACCGAAGAGGAAGCGAAGGCGGCCCACUGGAGAGGAAGGAGAAACUUCUCCCAAACCAUUUAACCAAAGGGAAUAAUGAGAAGGUGGCUGCUGUUGAUGAGGUCAUCCCCAAUCACAAGAUGGUGUCCCAAGGAUUGUUGGAGGCACCCCUCACCCCUAGUGCCCUUCGGCGCCGGAGGAAGUUCCCAUCAAUGGGAAACAAUGGUUCUGAAUCCAGCAAUGGAAGCAGUGGGGAAUCCAGUGGUGAGUCCUACAGAUCCCUCAGCGAUCCUAUGCCCCACAGAAGGUGCUCCAUCACAGAGGACUCGAAGAACUUCUCCGUCGAUAGCAACCUUCUGGGGCCGCUGAACUCAAAGCCUGGCGUCUUAGAUUCCUCAGCCGUGGCCUUGUCCAACUGCACAGGAAGUGCGGCCAGCGACCUCUCCGUUUGCAGUGAUGGCAUCAAGGAUUACAGCACUGUGAUCCAGAACAUUGUCAGCCAGCCUGGGGCCAUGGACAGAGUGAUUGAUGAGAAGGGGAAUGGCAAGCCCAUCAAGAAGAAGUCUUUCAGUGACCCCAGCCGCCGCGGCGAGCAUGCCAGCCCAGGCUUCAUGGGGGCUGGAGAGCCCAUCAGUGAGAUGGAUCAGAACAUCCUUCCGUCCAGCAGCGAACCCAUCCUUUCAGAGCAGAGGGGCCAGCCGAAGGAGCAGGAAGUGGGCAGGCUGUCCUCCCAGUCUGAGCAAAUUCUGCCGAUGCCGCCAGAAGACAAUGCAGUUGACGUCCCUCAUGGCUAUAGCUUUGAUCCUAAGCUGGCUGAAGUCUUGUCCCCUAGGAUAGUUCGGCGGAGUUCCAAGAAACGGAGCGACCGUGUGAACAGCCAGGAGAGCAGAGACGACGACGUUGUCCCAUGCUCCACUGUGCCCACCACGCUGGGCAGAGCAAGGCCGACCUCCAAGCACGUGCGCCACACCAGUGAACCCGCCACUUUUAUCCCCAUCUCAGAUGUCAGCCUCCCAAGUUCAGUCCAUCAGAAUGCCCACCCUGCCAUGCAGGAGCUUCCACGUCUGCCUUCAAAGCCGUACCCUGUCCUUCAGGUUCCAUCGUUGGAGGAUGUUACUAAACACUACAUGUUGACCCUCAGUUCCGGGGAGCCCCUUUCCACCAACACUGUGGAUACCCCCGGAUCGUCACCUGCCACGCCAACCACGUCUGAACCCAAACUUCCCAGAUGCCCCAAACACCAUGGAGAUGGGAAUGCUAGCAGCUCCAGGAGCAAGCCACAAGUGGAUAUGCGGAAACAUGUCACCAUGACACUCCUGGACACGGAGCAGUCUUACGUGGAGUCUCUCCGGACCCUGAUGCAGGGUUACAUGAAACCCCUGAAGCAGCCGGAAAACUCCACCCUCUGUGACCCCUCGCUGGUGGAUGAGAUCUUUGAUCAGAUUCCCGAGUUGCUGGAACAUCACGAGGAGUUCCUGGAGCAAAUCUCCGAAUGUGUGCAGAACUGGCAUGAGAAACAGAAAGUGGGCGAUAUCUUAGUACAGUCCUUCUCCAAAGACAUCUUGGUGAAUAUUUACUCUGCCUACAUCGAUAACUUUCUCAACGCCAAAGAUGCUGUAAGGAUCGCCAAGGAAGCCCGGCCAGCGUUCAUGAAGUUUCUGGCGCAAAACAUGCGAGAAAACAAAGAGAAACAGGCCCUCUCCGAUCUCAUGAUCAAGCCCGUGCAACGAAUUCCACGCUACGAACUUCUGGUCAAGGACCUUCUGAAACAUACUUCAGAGGAGCAUCCAGACUACCUGUUCUUGAUAGAAGCCCAGAAGAGCAUCAAGCAGGUGGCUGAGAAGAUCAAUAAAGGGAUGAAGAGUGCGGAAGAGGUGGAGCGGAAUGCUCGCAUAGUGCAGGAGAUCGAAUCGCAUAUUGAAGGAAUGGAAGAUCUUCAGGCUCCGCUUCGGAGGUUUUUACGGCAGGAGAUCGUGGUGGAAGUGAAGCCGGUGGGUGGCAAGAAGGACCGCUCGCUUUUCCUCUUCACUGACUUGCUAGUUUGCACUACGCUGAAACGGAAGUCGGGGUCUCUGCGACGGAGUUCAAUGAGUCUCUACACUGCAGCCAGCCUGAUCGACACCGCCAGCAAGUACAAGCUGCUUUGGAAAAUGCCUCUGGAAGACGUAGACAUGGUGAAAGGGAGCUCUCAGUGCGCCAACCGAGAGAACAUCCAGAAAGCCAUCUGCCGCCUGGAUGAAGACCUCAGCACGCUUGGCCAAGUCAGCAAACUUUCUGAGACCCUCAGUUUCCCCCACCAGACCCUCGAUGACGUUAUCAAGGACUUAAUGGCUGCCAUCCACCGGGAACUCACGGAGAAGCAGUCGAUGUCAUUCAGCAUGUCCUUUCCGCCCAACAAAAUGGAGCUCACCGUCACCAAAUCCGACAGCACGGACUCUCAUAUUUUUGAAUUUCCCAAUCCAGACGCACGCCAUAGUUUUGAACAAGGCUUUGAGGACGCAAAGAAAAAGCUAGCGUCUAACAAAAAUUGUCUGGAUCCCGAGUUCCUGAAAGCAAUUCCCAUUAUGAAAACACGGAGUGGGAUGCAAUUCUCCUGCGCCUCCCCCAGCCACAGCAACCCGGAGAACGCCUACGAGGUCUGGGUCUGCAACAGCGACGGGUACGUCGGGCAGGUUUGCCUGCUCAGCAUCAAGAAGGAGCCCAUCGUAGAGGCUUGCAUCGCAGUCUGCUCUGCCCGGAUCUUGUGCAUCGCCUCGGUGCCGGGCCUCAAGAGGACUUACAGGGAACGUCCAGUCUCUCUUGCCAGCCCAGCCUCGGAGCCUGCUAAUCCCGCACUGGAUGAGGCUGCACCUCAGCCAUGUUUGCAUAUCUCCAUUUGUGGUUCUUCCCUGGAGAUCUUGGAGCCGACGGACAGCACUGGCCGGGAACUUGUCCCUUUUGACAGCGACGACACAGACGAUGAGUCCUCACCCAGUCCCUCCGGCACGCUCCAGAGCCAUUCCACCAUCUCCAGUUUUACAAAUGAGGAGAUUCCAAGCUCCAAAGAUGUGACAGCAGAGACCACCAGCUCUGAAGAGGAGCAGGAUCCCAGUAGCUUCCUUCCCAUUGGUCGCCCCUUUGCCCAGAACCGGAUCAGCGAAAGCUCCAUGGAUGGCCGAGCUAUGAGACGCUCCAGUCAAGGGUCCUUCACCAGGGCCAGCCUGGAAGACCUGCUGAGCAUGGAUCCUGAGGCCUACCAAAGUUCCAUGUGGCUGGGGACAGAGGAUGGUUGUAUCCAUGUCUACCAGUCUUCAGACAACAUUCGCAACAGGAAAAACAGCCUGAAGAUGCAGCACUCAGCCUCUGUGACGUGCAUUUUGUAUCUUGAUAACCAGGUGUUCGUGUCGCUGGCCAAUGGAGAGCUGGUGGCCUAUCAGAGGGAAGCAGGGCGUUUCUGGGACUCUCAGAACUCCAAGUCGCUCUUGUUGGGCUCUCCGGGCAGCCCUGUGACCAAGAUGGUGGCUGUGGGUGGGAAGCUCUGGUGUGGAUGCCAGAACCGAAUCAUCAUCCUCAAGACUUCCACGCUGCUGCAGGAGCACACGUUUCUGGUUGGGCAGGACAGCAAUCGCAGCGUGACCUGCCUGGUGACCUCCAGCAUAGGGAUUUGGGUCACCCUCCAGGGGAGCGCCCAGGUGAGGCUGUACCAUCCUGCCAGCUAUGACCAGUUGGCUGAAGUGGACAUCACCCCUCCAGUCCACAAGAUGCUGGCAGGAUCAGACGCGAUCAUCCGUCAGCACAAGGCGGCUUGCUUGCGGAUCACUUCCCUCCUGGCCUGCAAAGAUUUGCUCUGGAUCGGCACCAGCGCGGGUGUAGUGCUGACCCUUUCCAUCACAGGCAACGCCGCUGCUUUGAAAACUCCACCUUUACCGGUGGGACUUUCUCAGGGCCACACUGGGCAUGUCCGGUUCCUCACCUCCAUUGAGCUGCCAGAAGGAUUCAGCGUCCUUUUUCCCCUGCCGGGGGAACCAGGUACAGAAAAAUCCAGUGAUCUGGAGAAGCGAGAUUCCACGAGGCACCGGCCGUCAAAGUCCAAAAUGCUUGUGAUCAGCGGCGGAGACGGCUAUGAGGAUUUCAGACUCACAAACAGCAGUGAGACAGUGGGCCGGGAUGACAGCACAAACCAUCUGCUGCUCUGGAGGGUCUGAUGCAUGUCGGAACAGGGCCCCCCUCUGGGUGGGGCAGGGUAGAGAGGAGGGAAGCGCCAGUUCCGUCCUAGCCGUUCACGUGUGAACGCGUGCUACUCUAGCUGUGUGUCAUCCCCCACCUCGACUGUCUUGUACGCGUGAUUGCCACCUAGAUCCGCUGCCCCGACAGAGCCGUGCCUCAAGGAGGAUUGUUGCCGACCCCCCACCAACACCCUAGAAUGCAAAUCCAUAUUGCACGACUCGCGCUUACUGCUGUCUUUAAGUGUAACGGGGGUGUGCAUGCACACGUGUGUGCAAGAGGCUGAAGGAGGGCCCGAGGGGCCAUGCUGUUACGCAGAGGCCCCAUUGGACGGCCCAGGGGGUAAAUGUAGGCAUUCAGCCUUAUUUAAGAAGGGCUGGUCUGCUUUGGGGAACCCGUUUGGUGAGAUGCCCCCAACUCAACCCACAGAGGGAUCGGAUCUUGUGCCGCUGUUUCUGAUCAGCGACGGUCUCCAAAUCCAACCCAGGCGGCUUCGGCAAGAUUUACACAACACCCAGAAAUCUGCUCCCAAUCCAGUCGGAACUGAUGCAGACUCCCAUCCCUCGGAUUCACCCACCUGCUUUUCUAAUGGAGGUGCGAAAACAGAAAUCCACCCUGAACUUCCCAACACUCAGCAGGCCAAUAUCUUUCAAGCGCUCCGUUUCCUUGGCUCAUCGCUAUGGAUUCCCUUCCCUCACCGCCAGGAUACAGAUAACUUGGGGGGGGGGUGCUGUUUUGCUUGCAUGUGGGUGUGUGUGUGCGUGUGUCUUUUUUAAAUGUAUGUAUAAAUAAUCUUUAUUUAUUGUUGAUCGGAGCGAGGAGGAGGAGGUGUUCUGGGCCUGGGGAGACCAAUGGCUUAGGGGGCUGAGAAUGCUUACGGCUGGUUCCUCGCCUUAGCCGGAGGGGGUCUGAAUCGGGAUAAUGGAAGGGUCAUUGCUAGAGAGUAACCAUAGAAGGUCCUUGGUAUCUACAGUAGGUUAAGCCUAUUGCAGUGCAGUCAUUCCAGAGUGGCUGGUGGUGAAGUGUGUGUGUGUCUGUGUGUCUGUGUGUGUUCAUAAAAGGCUGGUCAGGACAGAAAAAUUGUGGAUGGAGACACUUAACAAGGGUUUGGACCAGUGUUUCUCAAAGUUGCCAAGGUUGAGAAACACUGGUCCAGACAGGAUAGCUGCAAUACGGAGCAGAAUUUCCUGCAUGUUUUGUACAUGUCGGGAGACCAUUUUCCUUGGUGCCUCCUCGCCAUGCCAUCCGGGAACAGAAGUGGGUGGGGAGCAGAGGUUUACAGUCCCCCCCUCCGAACCUUUGUACAGUAUUUAUGUUUCGUUUUUUAUAGCCAGCUCUUCGCUGUUUGCAGAUGGGGACAAAGAUGCCUUGGAGGGUUAGUGGCACUUAAUUUACAGGUUCCUUCUUAAGGAAUGUCAAGGAGGGGACGCCCAAAUAAAUCCAGGGGGCCCCCAUAAGAGCGAUUGGGUUUGUUAUCGCCUGCUGCCCCAGAACAUCAGGAAAGAAUCAAGAGUGCAAGCGAAGCAGCAGUAAACCUACUCCUAACAGCUAUGAAUGGCCUUGGACAUGGUUACGAGAGGAAGAAGGUGGGGAGAGAGAAAAACAUAGACUUACUGGUGAACCAGUGGCAAUUUCUGGGGAUUGUUCAGAGCUAGAUUUUAUCUCUCUCUGUCUUCGGCCAUGGACUUCUGGAUGAGAUGUCCGGCCAGAGAAUUUCUUCCACCCAUCCUGUGCAGACUGACUCAGAUAUAAAUCGUGCUAAGUCCGGUCAUGCUUUGCAACCUUCAUCUGUUUAGAGAAGAAUGCGAGACAACACACAUUGGUAACGGCUAAACACAUAACUACUUCGUUAGUCAGUUGGCAGUCUGUUAGGAUAUAAGAAAAUCUUAAGUAGAAGCCAACCACCUUUGAUAUCACUAUCUCAAGCCAAUCUUAAGGAUUUGAAGCAUAUCCCCAGGAGAGGUUACUUCGAUCCCAAAUGGUGCACUUGCUUCCAAUCUAAAGAGUGAAUUUCAUAUUACAGGUUUUCCGACCCCUUCUCCAUAUCUGAGCACUUAAAAAGAAAGCUGUACUUUCUGAAGAGUGAGCUUCAUAAUCCGUCAAAACUCAGACUUUGGAACCAAACUGAAAUGUAAUUUUAUCCACUUGGUUUUGAAACAGAGACUCACGUGGCUUCUGCAUUCCUCGUUUAUUGUAGAUUUCUGAAUCCCUGGUACAAAACAUGCCCCCAAACAUUGGAACUUACUUUUGGUUCAAACAGAUUUAGCCUAGACUUUGUUUGACUUCCAAAUCUUUGCAGGGUGGAAUUAGGCUAUAGCAAUCUUAUAGUACUGUCCAUUUCAGGGCAAUAUUAGGAUAGCUUUUUAUAACCCUCCUACAUUUGGCAAUAUGAGUAUCACUUCUUGGCUGAGCAGGAAAAGCCAAGCAGGAUUGGUACUUGGAUAGGAUACCACCAGGAAAUCCCAGGCAGGAAAGUUGGGAAAAACAUCCCUGAAGGAGACAGAAGCAGGCAUUUCUGUUUGUGGCUGUGGAAGGUACAUGGAUAUGCCCAUAUAGCCACCAGGAGUUAAACUCAACUCAAGAGAGGCUUUAUCUUUCUAGAGCAGUGUGUCUCAACCUCAGCAACUUGAAGCUGCGUGGACUUCAACUCCCAGAAUUCCCCAGGCUCCACUUUUCAGCUUAGGCAAGUAAAAUUUUUAAAAAUGCUCAUGGCUGGAAUUUUGGAGUCUGAAUAAAUUUUGAAGAAGCCCAACCCUUCUGGAGAAAAAGCCCUUUCUGCUUCAGCUGCUCUCCCCACUGCAGGCAACCCACCCAUGGUUUGUGGGUCUGUUUUGGGAUCUGCUUUGCAAUGCCAAUGGUUGGGAUGGCACUUUGCUGUGUGUCUCGGGAGGGAAGAAGCAUGGCACCUCUCCUCAAAAUGGAAAAGCAGGUGGGGUUUCUGUGGAGGGUGAAGCUGGAAGAGGAUUGGAAAGGGAAGAGAGAUGCCCUUGAAGUGACCUUGGAAUAGAAACCUGGCCUUGGGAAUGGCGAAGGGAAGAACAAACCUUUCAAGGAGGCAUUUCAGGAAAGAUGACGCAGUCCCAGGAAGGAAGGAAGCAUGAGAAAGAAGCUCAAGAUCACCCCAUCUUGAUUUGGGUUGGUAUAAGAUGGAGUAGAGAGAAACUCUGACCAGCUUUCAAGAUUCUGUUAUUCCACCCUGCAACAAUAAAGAUAUUCCCCUGUUACUCUUUUUUUUUUAACUUGCCUGCCUCAAAGGUGGUAGUUUUGUUUACAACAGUACAGAAAUGGUUUACCACUGGCUUCUUCCAGGGUAUUUUUGCAGCAUUCCAGCUCUUGGAUCUCCUGGUGGUCUCCCAUCUGCCUUCUAACUUGGCUUUUUAAAGAGCAACCAUGGUCAGCUGGCUGUAAGCUUAAUGACUCCCUCAAGUCCUGGCGACUUCGUGGACAUUUCCAUGU